AUGACUAUUAAGAAGAGACGGAAUAGGUUUCGACUCUGUGGUAGUGGAUCUGAUGGUACAAUAUCAACAGGGGAUUCCUCUUCCAGCUCUUCAACUUCAAGCAGCACAAGUUCAGGACAUGUUAGGAUAAGGUUGGGGUUUUCCACUAGACUUCGAAUCUUCUUCCGCAGAAUUCUGUCUCGUUUUCGCAAAGGGAAAAAAAGAAUUCAUCCCAACAGACAAUCUAGUAUGUCUGUUACAGAAAAUCGCUCUCUGUCUAUCAUCAUGGAAUUACCUGAACAUACUGAACCCUCAGGAACACAGAUCGCUCCUUCUCCACGACCUUUUUCUGCAGGUGUACAGAAAAUAAUCCAUCGUUUAAAUGUAAAACAAUCCUUGAGUUGUUCUUCAAGAGACAGCAGUCAGUCACCAGAGCCUGAAAAUGAGAAUAUGUCACCAACGGCUGCAAAGUCGUCAUCACAAUACUCCUCAAUCAGCAAUAUGUUUGAUAUUGCUAGCCUGUCUUCUGAACUCCUGGAGGAAACUAUUGUUGACCAUCAGAUUAACCAUCAAUAUGAAGAAAAAGUGGAAUCAGCAAAUAUGGACGUCAGCAGAGGAUACUGUAGGAAUGAGAAUGCAAAAGAAAGAGAGCAAUCAAGUUUGAUGUCCUCGACAGCAAAUAGCGUGUCACCUAUGGAUAGUUUUUUGGAGAAAACAGGUGAUACUGAAACUAUGAAGAUGGAGAACAAAACAGAAAUUAAAUCUGUUCAGUUCCAAACCAAUGUUCGAGUGUACCCAAGUCCUGGCGGUAGAGUGGAUACUUCAAGUCAAGAGAUGGUGCAGUCACUUUCAGACCAUCCAUUAGAGGGACUCCAGGUGGGUGAUGAUUGCAAAUCCAGGAGACCUGCCACACCAGGCAAUAUUUUCAUUGAAGGGGAGACACCUGUUUCUCUAUCCCACAUACCAAUACCUGGGAAGGAUGGAAAGAAAACAAUCUCUCCCCAUCAGGCAUCCACAAUGGUGACAUCGGAGGAUCCUAAUGAUAUGCCAAGCAAUGCCAUGAAUCCAGACAAUGACAAAUGGAAAACAGGUGUACCUUUGCCUGAGUGUUCAGCAAAUAACCAACAUACCAAUAUACUGGUUGAAUGGGAGCAUUGCACCAAACAAGAGGACAACAGCUCUGCUUUAGACAAUGAUACUCUUUCUGAUAACGUAUGUGCCAAGCAAUCUUUCAAUGUUGUUGAUAGCGACAGGCAGGAAUUAGAGAAAGCUAGGCGACGAGCUGACAGGAAGAAGAGAAAAGAAAUGAGGAUGGCAGCUGAAGGUUAUAACAAAGAACCAGAAAACCUGCCUCAAGGAGAGGGACAUAAAAAAAGGUCAAAAAAGAAGGAAAGACCUCAGAAAGAUUCAGCAGUAAGUAAUAUAAACCAAACCCUUCCACAGGAUUACGGGAAACAAGAGGAAUUCCUAUACAGGCCAGAUGGACCACAAGAAUAUAGACAACAGGCGAUCAUCAGACUGCAAGCAGAAAGAGACUUGACAAACCCACCCACACACGAAGGUAGUGAAAGUGUUGUCAUCUACGAAGAUAAACUUCAAAGCUGGGAAAAAAUGAAAAGAAAUGGGGACAUUCACUCAUUAGAUUGUCAGGAGGGGACUAACAGUUCCACAAAAACGCAGACAAAAAAGAAGAAAAAGAGAAAUCCAGCAGCAGCUAGGGAUGAUGUGACAGAGAAAACAAAUAUGAAACAGAAGAUCUUAAUUGAGGAUGAGGUGAAGAAUGAAGAUUGUGUGAAGUCAGGUGAAGUGAUUGGGAAGUACUCUGUUCCCAUAAAUCAAUCUGUACAUCACAGAGACACAUCAAACAGAAGCCAUGAGAGCAAAAGUACAAAUGACAAUGUUUUAGAUUGCAGCAAUGAUAAUGAGAAUCCCGAUUACUAUGAGAGUCAUUUGAAACUUGGAGAAACAGCAUCAACUUACUUAGAUGAAGUUAGUAACGAGCAGCUCUCUCAAGAGGAGCAGAGAAAGAAAAAGGCUGACAGAAAGAAAAGGAAAGAGACCAAAGCAGCUGCAAAGAAAUUAUCAAAUGAUGAAGUGCUAUUUGUAACACCUGAGGAUGAGGCCGUUAAAGAUUAUCCCAAUGUCCAGGAUAGGUCCUCACACAGGAGCAGAAAACUGAGGAACGAUUUACCUAAUGAGGACAAAAUGAGUGAGACCCAGUUGGAUAUUGAAAAAAUCUUAGCCCUGUCAUCUUAUUCAGAAAAGAUGCAACAAACUCAGCAGGUCAAAAUGAUGCCAGGCAAAGAAAAAUCAGUGAAGGCCACAAGUCUCAACUCAGGGUAUAGGCAAGGGAGUGAAAUGACAGAAACUGGGACAGCGAUGGAUAAAGUUGUGAAGUCUGAAGAUUCAGAAGCUUUCAAAAUUGAAGAGGGCUACCAAAAGGAUAGCAGUAAUUCUAAACCAAAAAAGAAAAUGAUGAAUGUUAGCUGUGUAGAAAGAAUCCAGCAACAGAAUUUCAAACAAAAGAGAGAUGACAAAAACUUUGAAGUGGACAAACUCAAUAGUGCAGUUUCUCCUGUUGCUGAAACUCCUUAUGAUGGAGAUGCUUUGACUGCAGAGUCUGAUAUUUUGAAACAUCAAAGAGUAAUUAAUGAGGAUGAUUUAGAUUUAAACCCUAUCCGUUUGGCAUCUGGUUCUGAAACUGAUUCUGCUAUUCCCAGUGAAUCUAGUAAGAAAUAUGUUGAUGCAGGAGUGGGACCGACACCUUCAGAAAAUGUUUCACAGAAAUCAGUUUUCGAGUCAAAAACAAUGCCUGUAAACGUUACUGGUGGAGAACAGCACAGAAAAACAUCAAACAAAAACACAGAACAACAGUAUAUCUCAUCUGAAAAAUACUCUAAAAAUCAGAAUGGGUCCAAACAGUCUGGGGGCCACUUAAUUGGUCAGCAGUAUUCUGUUGACCAGCAUUUGUCCUUGUGUCAAGAGGAAGAUAGUGAUGGCCCCGAAGUGAAAUGCAGAGAAGUGCUUGAUGUCGGUGAUGCUGAUAUGUUGUGUCAGGUUCCAAUGAACACACCUACAAAUUUAUCUAGGAUGCUUAACAAGGUACAAACUCUAGAGAGUAGGUUAAUGAUGGCUGAUCAAGAUGAUUCAAUGUCAUGGCAAGGAGUGAGAGGAAAUGAUGAUUACCAUGAAGACAAUCUAGUCAUCAACAAACCAUCAAAGUAUCCAAGGAACAGAGACAGCCGCCAACCAGAGAAUGACAAGGAUAGGCAGUGGACAACCAGUCCCAGUGUUAGAGACGACUUAUAUCCAUCAGCAAUCGACCAGGAUAGGCCUAGACCAGUGGGCUGUGAUGUGGAUAUCAGUCAGGGCAAAGAGUUGGAAACAACUAUUAAAAGGAAGCAUCAGUCUGGCACCAAUCGACCUGAAUCAAGAUCACUGUGGAGUACAUCAAACAUGAGUAUCCCUCACUCCAUCCAGGAAGAAGAUGAGACAGCAGAGUCUGAUGAAUUAGAUGGUCAGGCAGAGCAAGAUUAUGGUGACUCUGCUCUAACUGAAGAUAACAAAGACAGGAAUUUCUAUGUCGAUACAGGACAAGAAAACAGUAUCAAAUAUCCUGUUCCUGGUCCCAGGGAGGAACUGGCUCCUAAUGUAUUUAAGGUGGAUAAAAUGAACCUGCCCCCGGUGUGUAAUGUACAGAAGGAGAAUUUGACUACAUCAUCAAGUGCAAGGAUACCUUAUCACAGCAAUCUUACCUCAGGUGUUGAUAAAGAACUGGACAGUGGAACAGAGAAUAUCAUGCCAUUAGGUAAACAGAGAAAAGUUGAUGCCAUACAAAACAGAACAUCUCCUGAACUGGAUGGCCUCCUCAAUGAUAUAAAAGCUGAAGUGGAAAUGAGGUUGAUCCCAGAUCAGACCUGGGAAGAGGUAACUUGGCCUAAAGGUCACUUCAGGCCCAAGGUGAAAGCUACUGUUGACCAGGCAAAGAGUGUACAGGGCCAGGAUGCAUCUCCUCCAUCAGUUGGUAAUGAGCAAAGUACAACCAAUUCAACAGCCAAAAUGAUGCUGGCAAAUUUGAGCAGAAAACAGAGAGCACAUUAUGAAAAACUCCAAGUCACCUUCCGUGCCCCAGAAAAGAAUCUUCCAGGUGCUCAGUUUUGGAAAGAAUUAAAUGCAGACAAGUUGGUGCCUGAAGCGGUUUCAGAAGAUUUGUUCAUCAAAACACCCUUUGGUAAUAUUUUCCCAAAUGCAUCUGAGGACCAACUAAUGUCUCCUAUCAAAGCUUAUUGUGAUGAACGUUCUCAUAGGAGUGAUGUCACAUUUGACGAGACAGGAUAUGAAAGCAUGGAGCAAUCCGAGAUGCUUGAAAACAACAGUCCAGAGUCAUUGUCAGACCUGAGGGACAAGUUGAGGCAAAUUUGCAGGGCAGAAGUUGAUUCAGACCAAACUCAACAUCAUCAUUCUCCUCCUACUGAAAGUGACAUGAAUGAAGUAUCCACAGAUCCAAGAUUCUGGCAAUCAACUGACACACCAAACCAAUAUGAAGACACACAAACUUUCAAAGAACCCUCCUACGCACCGAGCCUAACUGAUCGCUAUCACAUCAAAAAGGAAGAAAAUCUUGACUUCUUUAGAUGUGUGUCACGAGCUACUCAGAACAACAGCCAAGUGCUAAGGACAGAAGAGGAAAAUAUAGCAAGAUCCUUUGCUAGAACCCAGUCUGAAGAACAUACACUUGAUGCUGAAACAGCUGAUGGCAACUUACUCUUCUUCAAAACGGUAGCGAAAUGUCCAGAGUUUUAUGAAGAGGCCGAGACAACAGACUUAAAUGUUGUCAAAUCAAAAUAUGGCAGAAGUCCAGGGUACAUUCCUGAUGACCCAAGUAAUUAUGUUAGCAGAGAGGUAGCCCACCAAAAUUUGGAAUUCUUCCGAUCUGUAGCAAGGGACACCAGCUUCUUUCAUUUGCCCCAGAAGAAUGACAAGGACAGUGAGGAAGAUACAGAUGAGGAGGAAACAUCACCAAGAGAUAAGCUUGUGUCUAGUCCAAAUCCUCCCAUUCAGCACAAUGACACAUCUGGUCCUUCCAAAGACAGGCCCCAUCACCAUGCCAAAAUGAGGACUCAACAGUCAUCAUCUGAAACCUCUCAUCGUAUUCGAUUUCAGUCAGUAGCACAAGGCAAUCUGGGUCAUUUUCAGCAGUCAAGUCCUCCAAAACCUCAAUCCAAGUGGUUUAACAGAAAUGAUGCACUCAGUCUGGUACAGCCAGUUGUGUCUCCCAGCAAAGCUAAAGAAAAUAUGGACUUCUUUUUACAAGUCUCAAAGGAUCCUCAUUUCUACAAGAUUGCUGAAAAACCCGAAGCCCCAAUAAUGGUAGCACCAGAUGUAAAACCCAAACAUUACAAAACCUACAAUGGAAUCAAUGUUAAUAGUGGGCGACCAAUAGGCAAACAGGGACUUGGAUUCAAGUCACGGCACACCUCAUGA